UGUGCGGUUGCUGAGUUGUUGUCACUUGGCUGUUUAUCUGCCUUUAGCUGCGUCGUCCCCUCCUGUGUGACAUGGCUGCGCUUUUCACAUUUUGUCACAAGGCCUUCAUCUGAGCCGCGCGUGUAUUUUUAAAAAGAGCCAGUGAGCCGUCUGUCUGCACAGACGUGUUUUCUGUUGGUCAGACACAAACGUUGCUGUCAUUGGUUUCUGUGUUCUGUCCUAUCGUCGUCAGACCCUGUGAGUCUGUAUAUGAUAGAUUUGAUAAAUCUACAGUUUGAUGAAGCUUUUAUACAUAAUACACUUGGCCUGUUAUUCAAUAAUAUUAUGAUAGAUAAAUAUAUAUGUGACAUUUUUCAUCAAAUAUUUAUAUAGAAAUAGAAAUAAUAGAAAGUGAUAAACAAAUAUUAAAAUCCACACAAGAUUCUAUGAUUAAUAAUGUUGCCCAUAAAGUUGGAAUCAUUUUGUUUUUAGACACAAUCCUCUGUUUAUUCCUAUUCAAAUGCAUGUUGAAAUUUGAUAGUUAUACAGUAGGUAAUUAUUAUUAAAUAUAUAUCUUUUUGUUUAUAACCUUGGAAAAUUUGCGGUUCUCAGCAUUUUUGUAAAUUAAAAUAAAGUUGUAUUUUUUAUUGAAGGAGUUUGUGACAUAUUUUCUGUUUUCUGUGUCUUCUAUAAUAAAUUUGUCUGAUGUGUUUCUGCUUUUGCAAUAAAAAUGAAAUUGCUUCCUCCAUCACUGAAAAUCCAUGAACUCUAGAUAUUUUUCAUUUCAAAAGUGCUGGACAGAAGAUGCUGCUCACUCUCCAUCAGCUGCAUCAGACGCUGUUUUCAGUCUGUUGUUUCCUCCUCACUCCAACUUCUCUGCUUUUCUGUUUGGUUGAAGUGGGUUUAACCAGUUUUAACCCGCUUCUCCUCAUUGAAAUGAUAAAAAAAAGUUCACUGUGCAGCCUAUAUUUAGUUAUGAUGUAACAUGGAAUCGUAUAAAAAUUGACAUUCUCUAGAGGUAGCCAUGCAGAAUGAGUAUUUAUAAUCUUUUUUAUAAACUCCUCUCAACGACUCCUAUUGGUCCGCGAACCCCACUUAGAGAACCAUGUGGCCUAGACAGUAGUUGGUAAAGUCUCUGCGCCGUUUUAGAUCCUCGGCUUUCGGCUUCGUGUCGCGCUGAGCUGGAAUGUCUGGAGCGCGUCCUUGUCAUCAGUGUCUGUCUAACAGGACGCGCGGCUUUGCGCGCAGCACCGUCUCUGCCUGAGGGACGGAACUAUCCUGGGGGGCUCCAUCUCUGUCGCGUCUUCUCUGCCGGACACCGAAUGUAAGAGAAAACCCGCCGCUUCAGCAAUGAAGACUGAGCAGAUCUGUGUGGACACUCCGCUGACUCUCCGGGAGGUCAGGGAUCCACUCCAAAAACCGGCGCACAGAGCCGAUGAUGCCCCGGAGAAGCAGGACGAAGGCAAAUACGUGGAUUUGGAGAUAGUGGACGUGAAGACAGGCGGGGCAAGAACGGAGAAAGACUGUGAGAGAAACCAAAUAUCUGUCCUCAUCAACAACAGCAGCAGCGCCGGAGCUCCGUGCGCAACGGAACCGAUUAAAACCGAGGCUGAAACUAAGAACAAAGAGGAUUUUGGACCCAGGAAAUAUUCAGAAGCUGCUAAGGGGGGUCUCUCUGAUCCACCACCGUCAUUAGUUCAUCCUUGCCUUCACACAAAGUCAGAAGAUUGUGUCAGAUCAGGAGACAAGAGCGAGUGCGCCAUAAAGACGCCAGAGGUGUCCAAAGGAGAAGAGAAGGAGAACACAGGAAGAGAUGAAGAGUUAGACUGUGGAGACGAUUAUCUGAGCCGGAGAAGCGAUUGUGAGGAUGAUGAUGAUGAUGAUGAUUAUUAUUAUGAUGAUGAUGAUGAUGUUAGUUUGGUGUUUUCUGAUGACAGCGUCCAGUGCGUGACGGAGGACGAGUCCCAUUACAUUACCACGCACGAGAUCCAGCUCGCUGAGCUCUCUGACCAUGAGGGGGACUACGACCUGAGCGUGGGCUCCUCCACCAGCUGGGACAUUGAGGACGACAACCAGGUGUACUCUUUUGUCGAUUAUGCUUCUUUUGACGGUGAUGGAGAGGUGGGGGAGCGGGAGAGGGGGGCCAACCGCCAGCCUCGCUCCCCGGGCGCAGCAGCAGUCAGCAAUCUGCUGGAAAGUGAUCUGUGCGACGCGGCCAAGUUGAGCAGCUCAGAUGAGAGUGUGUCAAAGCUCCAGCAGCAGCAACAGCAGCAGCAGCAGUGUGGCAGGGGGGGGCAGAUCCACCUGUCAAUCAGAACCACUUCUCGAGCUAUAAAUGACCCCAGCAACAUUCAAGGAGAGGGAAAUAUUCUGUAUCAUGCCAGGCGCUCCGGGGACAUGAGCCGCUAUGUGUUUAGGGGAGUUGAUGGGAAGGCAGAGACGCUGCGUGACAGGGCGAAACGUUUCAUAGCCGCGCCCGGACGCUUACAUUUUGGCGGCAAAUUGAGGGGAAAAGAGGUCACCGAGUAUUCCAGCGGUGCGUCCAGCGCUGUCAGCGAGCUGGAUGACGCUGACAAGGAAGUGCGCAACCUGACAGCCAGAUCCUUCAAGAGCUUGGCUCAUCCCUACCUUGAUGCCAUCAAUUUCAGCACCUCCAGCGAGUCCUCUGCAUCAGAGCACGGGAGAGGGAUAAACAGGUGGUCCACGUUUGUCGACCUGAAAUAUGGCAACAUGAACAGGUCACAGGGGUUGGACCAAAGUGUUGUUUCCAAUCAGAACGCCAAGGCCUCAUUUGAAAUAGCCAAAAACAUAGACAAUAGAGGUUAUAAGGGCAUUGCAUUGGCCAGCAUCGACCCGCCCACCGGCAAGAUCUUCACUUUGAGUGGCAAUAAUCCCCAUGGCGCCUCGUCAUCCACUAAGAAAAUAGAGCUGAUGGGGAAAUUCAGUCAGGGCCACGGCGGAGUGAUCACACUCACAGAGACUCUGAAUUUUCGUUGCAAUGUUAAUUCAGGAAUGUCUGGGGGAGAAAGAGGCACCAACUUUGCACAAAACGCAGCAGGAUCACGUUCCACAGAUGAAGUUACCAACAGUUUGCCAAGCGGCCAGAGGAGAGGGGCCAGCAAGCCGCCCUCUAAAACCAUGGAGGACACACACAAGAAGGCCAUAUUCGCCUCCAGCCUGAUCAAAAAUGUGAUUUCUAAGAAGAUGCAGUUCGAACAGGAGCGCAAGAUGGAGCGAGGGGAGAUCAGUGAGUCGCACCACACGCCUUCUCCCAGCUCUGUGCACCAGGAGAGCGACGGCCAUAGGGGGAAGGGGAGCAGGGAGCUGCACAGACAGAGCUCCAGGUUCUCAGAGAGCAGCUCUGACUACGCCAUAAUGUGCAUGGAUGAAUUAGGGGACUUUGUGGACAGCAGCUCAUGUGAUACUAAGUGCGACUCUCGGAGACGAGACACGGCCGCUCCCGCAACAGAAACUAAUUUAGAGCCGGGAAAUGAGUUUGGAAUCGUUACUAAAAAAGGCGCAUUGGAAGCGUCCAAAAGCACGUUGCUUCGCAGCCAAAAUAGCGCGUUCAGAUGCUGGAAGGACGAGGAGCUCGGAUUUCAAAAGGAUAAUAAAAACGAUAAAACUCCGGAGGAGAAGCCGCCUUCAGCUCACCGCAAAGAGGGUGAGCGGGAUCAUCGCGCAACGGACAGCGGCAAACUGACCAAAAUGUCACAUUUGUUUGUGCCAAGUAUCCAACUGCUGUCCAGUGAAGGAGAGGUCGGACAGCAGCUGCGGAGCGGGAAUUAUUCUCCGUGUGGCGAUGAAGGACGGAUACAAUUGCGCUCUGACAACACUCUGUACGUCGCAGACUCCAGGAGAGUCUCUACAUCCAAAUCUCCGGAAAUUAAAAUCAACUUGCGGAGCGUCAGGGACAAUAAAACGGAGCCUUUCGGCGUCUCCAAGCUGCGCGCGCCUAAUAUAGGCUGUAACACAGCCAGCCUCAUCAGAACAGAUGACUUCAAGUGCCAGGCUCUGGCUUCAGCGCUGAGGGGUGAGUCCUCAGACAAAGUGCCACAUUUCAUGGUCAGAGACAUCAGAGAUAACAAAGGGAAACUGCAGACGCCCAUUCAUCAGGUGAGAGACGUGCGGAAACUGGUGAAAAGCUCCUAUCACUUUGUUUCUCUGGAUAACAACGAACAUAAAUCAGGCUUCCUCUCCGCUAACAGUCACCCAGAGCUGAAGAAGCAGGUGCCCUAUCGCAACACUCACUCUGUGUCCCCUAUAGUGAUAAAGUGUCAGUCUGUCAAUACAAACACUAACGGAAAAGCUCCUGGAAACCUUGAGUUAACUAAACAGGAGCCACUGGACAUAGACAGGUCGUCUCCAGAGGGCGCCAAAAGUGCUGCACCACAAUGGGCAGCAGGGAAAACACCCACAGGUGCGAAUAACUGCUCAGAGGGAGGCAUCGGUCUGAGGGUUGAAAGCAGAAUAGCUUCAAGGAAACAGGAGAAAACAUCAGAUAUCACAGACAAGAAACCUGAGUCGAAGAUGUCCAACCAGGGGGCUCUGGAGAAACUCCAGGCUGCUGUGAAAACCAUGGAGCAGCUGUACGUGUUUGAAAAGAAUGAAUGGAAGAGGAAGAAUGAGCCUCGGCCACUGACGGACAGCCAUGUGCUGUCACUGUUAGCAGAGGAGCACCCAGCUGAGGAGGAGGGGGCCCGAGGCUUCAACAUGGACCAGAUGGUCAGGAGAGACUCCUACCCCAAAACAGACAAGAUGGCUCCAAAAGCAGCAGUGUCCCCCAGCAUGGAGAGCCUGCUGUGGCGGGACGACAAAGACCCAGUGAAGGCCCUGCAGAUGUCCAUCAGCCGCGACGACAGGCUGGUUGCUAAGUCGCUGCAAACCAGCAGCACCGCAGGCAGCAAGAAUAUCUUCAGCCUGAGCUCCAGCCUGAAGGCGUCCAACACCGUCAAGGUGACUCAGCCCAACGCCAUCACACAAACACCUUUCAGCAGCAAGAGCUUUGUCCCCAAGUCCCCGAACCUGCCCGUGUCCUUAAAGAUCAGCCAGCAGAGGGUGGGGGGACAGGAAGGAGCCGAGGCGAAUGAGGUGAACAGGUCCUCUCUGGAGCUUUCCAGCACCUUGGCGGACAGCGAGAACUACCUAACCAUUCCGGUCAAGUCUCACACCAGCAGCAGUAAACAACCCCCGUUCUCUGAGAAAACAUCAGUGUGUACAGCCACCACUCAGCCACACCCACCCACCCCCCCAGUUCACUUGGCAUCUGGUGCCAGGGGCCAGGAGGACCAAAACCAGACCCCCAGACGCUCCAGUAUUGUGAUGGAGACAUGCUCAGCAGAGACCCCGUCUGCUACCAUCUACCACUCCCUGCCGUUGGGCAUGUCCACCAAUCAGCCACAAGUGUACUGCUUCUCCCCGGCGAUCACCCCCGCCCCCACCAUUGACCCCUUCCAGGCCACCCAGAGGAAGAUGCUCCUGGACCCCACCACUGGAAACUACUACCUGGUGGACACACCCAUACAGCCAGCCACCAAGCGCCUGUUUGACCCAGAGACAGGCCAGUAUGUGGAUGUGCCCAUGCCGCAGCCUCCCAUGACCCCUCUGCCCAUGCCCAUGUCCCCCCUGGCCCUCAAUCCAGGAGCGUAUGGACACACCUACAUGAUCUACCCGGGCUUCAUGCCCACGCCCUCGGUGAUCCAGGCCCGGACGCUGGUGCCGUCACAGAUGUCGGUGCAGUCGGAGGCGGAGGGAGCAGAGAAAAGCUCGUCGCAGCAGCCGGAGGGCCUGUACAGAGAAAGCCCCUUCUACAUGGCCACGGGGAAGUCGCCCCAGGUUCAGCAGCAGGCCACCACCAGCAGACCGCUGCAGGGCUUCUCCAGCGCCAAGCAGCCCGUCAUCAGCAUCACCUCCCAGCAGGGGCCCCGGAUCAUUGCCCCGCCCUCAUUUGAUGGGACCACCAUGAGCUUUGUGGUGGAACACAGAUAAACAGCAGCUCACCUGGACAGGUCUCAGGGAGGGCCUUGACUGCUUCACUGAAGGAUUUUGGGACUUCUGCAGGAAGUUUGAAGCACGGUGCUCAGACCACUGUGCUGCUGUGAAACUGUUAUAUAUAAACUUCCUGGACAGACAGUAAAUGUGAAGAUAAAAGAAAGUGGUUUGUCAUGAGAGAAAAGCUGAGGACGUUGGAGGCUGAAGUGGCGAGCGCACAGUCGGGGACUUGAAAUGAAAACUUUUACACUGACUGUUGAUAUUAUUUGAUGAGAAAUUUGAGAUUUUUCACUUUGAUGUGUUGCAAAUGUACAGAAUACUGAAAGGGAUGUUACAUUAGCUCCUGUUUGUAAAUGUGUUUGUGCAUCAAGAAAGUUAAAUAAAAAUGAAACCCUUUUGCAAAGCUG